ACAGCGUAUCAAAAGUAUACAUAUGCUUGAUUCUUUCUGUGUUCUACAGUUGCAUUAACCACACUUUUCGAGAAAACCAAGCAAUAUGAAAGUAGCAUUUAUUGUUGUGGCUGUUUGUAUUGGGAUUCUUUACGGGAAAAGCAAGACCAGAGAGAUACCAGAACAAGACAUUCAACUGGCUGCGAUGGCAAUUGGGAAGUGGCUCUGCAUGCUCUCUGACGUCGACGGGAACGGCAUUCUGGAUGAAAAGCAGGCUUUGAUCGAUUCCACAGACGAGGAUGGGGACGGAAUAUCAACACGUGACGAAUUUGCAAGAAGCUGGUCCAAGAAAAACGAAAAACUACAUGACAAUUGGAGUCUCACAGUAUUUGACUGGGUCGAUACGAAUGAUGACGGAUUGUUAACUAUGGAAGACGAAUUCCUAGAUAGACACCAUGAUCCAGUAACUGGAGUGUUUCUUUUAAAGGACUGUAUUAUGCUUUGUACGAAUCAUUUUCUGCAAGAUAUAAAGAAGCUUAAAGAGGAAAUCACGGAGCAAGAAAACAAGGGUGUUCUCCAAUUAAGUGGUAAUGUGUAG